UAAUGCAAUUAACAACAGAGGGACCAAAAAAAAAAAAAAAACUAAUUCCCUGUUCUUGUUCUCGGUAGGUCAUCACUGUAAACAAAAACCCUAAUUUCCUCUGCCAUAGAGCUUCAAAGUUUCUUCAAUGGCACUAUCUUUAACCUCACCAGAUUGGGCACAUCUUCAAGCAGAUAUUUUGGGCAUAAUCUUAGACAAAUUGGUCGCUCUUUCUGAUUAUGUAAGGUUCGGUGCUGUGUGCAAACCAUGGAAUUCCAUAGCUUCAGAUCACAAACACAAGCAGAAGCGUAUGAGUUUAACCAACCAACAACUUCCGUGGCAGCUGGUCAUCACUUUGGACGAAAAUGGCAAAGAGAAGCUGACUUUGUACGACUUUUCCACCUCCAAAUUUUCGAACAUCAAGCUUCGCAUCCCUAUCCCUGAGAAGUUCAACCGCAUGGAAAGGUGUCAAGGUUCUUCUCACGGUUGGUUAAUUUUCUCGGAAAAUUUAAUUUCAUUAAUGAUUUUGAACCCUUUGUCCGGUGCCGUUUUGUGUCUACCACCGGUUUGUAAAAAGGCAUUUAGUGGCAGAUUCCAGUUACAAGCUGCAGUUGAUUGGCUUUCUCUGUUUGAUGAUGUUGUAUUCUCAAAAGACCCAUCUUCGGGAUCUUUUGAGGUUAUGGCUAUUAAUAUGGAUCACAAUGUGGUAGCCCAUCUGAAAUUUGGUGAUCAAGUUUGGACCUACUCAAAGACAGUCAAUGAUGGUUAUUUUAAGAGUGUUGCAUUCUAUAAAGGUAGCAUACUUGCAGCCUGCAAUGGUGGUAUUGUAUCUCUUGAAAAAAUCAAUGGUGGUGAUACUAGUGAUGAAAAUAGACAUCAGUCUUCUCUGGAUAUCAAGAUUUGUGGGGAACUCAAUCCCAAGUUGAAGAAAAUUUAUGGUUCAAAGGGUGGUUUCUGUCUUGUUGAAAGCACCAAAGGUGAUCUGCUAAUGGUGUGCCAGAUUGAUGAUUCUCGUCAUGCAUUCAAAAUUGUGGAGUUGAAUGGCCGAUUCAAGCACGUCCCUAUUGCCAACUUGGAUGGCCAUUCCUUAUUUGUGGGGAAAAACCAUUCCAUAUUGGUUUUAGCCUCGAAGUAUCCGGGAUGUAGGCCAAAUUCAAUCUACUUUUCGACUGCACCUACGGAGCCAUGGCGUCUACGGCAUGAGAAUAAUCUAAAAUAUGAAUUUAAAAUUCAAGAAUUCAACUUGGAGGAUGGCAGUAUAAGAUACUAUUCAACUGUUGAAACAAGGACUUCAUUUCAAAAUAUACUUGCUGUAGCUGGUCCGGUGCCUUGGAUCGUGCCUUCAAUGAAGUUCUGAAAAAGCUAAAUCUAGUGUUUGUGUAUAGUUGGCAGAUAUUACGUUGUGUCUAAUGAUAACAAAUUAGCUUUUUGUUUUGUUAAGAGUAAUAUUCGUGUUUAUGUUUUGUCGGAUUGUGGUUUUUGAUUAACAGGGUGUUUAUGGUCACUACUAUUUGGUAUUAGACAGACUAAAUAUUAUCAUGUAAAGACUGAAUGAUUUACAUUGCCCCUUGACUAAUGAUAACAUAUUAGCUUUUUAUUAUCUUAGAGUAAUGAUUCACAAUGGUUAUGAUUGUCUG